CCAAGGGGACUGCCGAUUUGUAGACGUUUGUUUUGAUUUUAAUUACUUUUUCUUUUUUUCUAAUGAAGCCACAUUCUUGAGCCAACAGGCUGUUCUUGUGCAUGCUGCCUUAUAUGUUUUCUGCCUGUCUUUUUGCCCUGCCGCCUUCACAUCCAACCCUCAGCGAUCCUUCUUUCUCUCUCGGUGUCUCCUGUUUUGUAACGCUGCUUUCGUCUCUUGCAUCCCAUACUUCGAGCCAACUUUCCCGGUCUUCAGAGUUUGUACAUCAUGUCGAGCGAUUUCAAGUCCUUGACGGUCAAAAAGUAUCCCCGUCUUCCAGGACGCAAGACCGCAGAAUCCAGAUACUGGCGCAAGUUCAAGUCCCCAAUUGUUGUCAAGGAGUUCGCUGCCGUUUCAUCUAUUCACUUCUCAGAGACUAGUCCAUACGAUUUUGCGGUGACAGCUUCGACACGUGUCCAGAUCUACAGCUCAAAGACACACCAGGUCAAGAAGACUAUUUCACGAUUCAAGGAUGUAGCAUAUUCGGGAACGAUCAGAGCAGACGGACGUCUUGUGGUCGCAGGAGACGCAACAGGCCUCAUUCAGAUCUUUGACGUCGGGAGCAGAGCCAUUCUCAGAACAUUCAGGGACCACAGACAUCCUGUCCAUGUGGCCAAGUUCUCAAGCGACAAGACCCAGAUCAUGUCUGCUUCGGAUGACAAGACUGUCAGGAUUUGGGACAUGCCCAGCGAGACGCCCUUGAUGAUCUUCAGUGGACACGAGGAUUACAUCCGCACCGGAAUGGUCUCUCACGACAAUCCUCAUCUGAUCCUGUCCGGAUCCUAUGAUCAAACCGUGAAGUUGUGGGAUAUGCGCACUCAGGGAUGUGUCAUGACCAUGAACCACGGCGCUCCCGUCGAGUGCGUAGAGAUGUUUCCUGACGGCGGAGUCGUUGUCGCGGCUGGUGGACCAAGUCUGAAGGUCUUUGAUAUUUUGUCAGGAGGACGUCCCAUUCACUCUCUUUCCAACCAUCAAAAGACUGUCACCUCACUGUGCUUUGACCACUCGUACUCGCGACUCUUGACUGGUUCUUUGGAUCAGCACGUCAAGGUCUACAAUGUUCAGGACUACAGCGUCGUACACAGCGUCAAAUACCCAGCACCCGUCAUGAGUGUUGCUCUCUCGCCUGAUGACACACAUUUGGUAGCAGGUAUGGCCGGUGGUUUGCUCUCGAUCCGUCAGCGUGUUGUUAAGAGCGCAGAGGUGCAAACAAGGCGUGCACAGGAGGAGCAAGUCCGCGCUGGAAGCUACAAAUAUUUCGUCCGAGGCCAAAAGACGGCGGGCGAGGGCGACUUUACAGUGGAAUCACAGAAGAAGCGUCGUCUUCGAGAAUAUGACAGAUACCUCAAGGCGUUCCAGUACGGAAAUGCCCUGGAUGCUUGCUUGAGAACCAACCAACCUGCUGUCACGACCGUCUCGCUUAUUCAGGAGUUAAUUCACCGUGAUGGUCUCCGUCAGGCUCUGUCAGGAAGGGACGAUAUCUCACUGGAGCCUCUUGCACAGUUUUUGGUCAGGAACAUCAACAAUCCCAGAUACACGGCACUGCUGGUCGAUGUGACCAUGGUCAUGAUCGACAUGUACACAACUGUCUUGGGACAGUCCCCCCUGAUUGACGAACUGUUCAUGAGGUUGCGAGAAAAGGUGAAACUGGAGAUUGCGUUUCAAAAGCAAUUGUUCUCGGUAGUGGGAUCGAUGGAGAUGUUGUUUGCCAAGAGUACUUCAACCUCCGUGGGCGUCGCUGUCCAUAACGAGCUGGCCUCAGCGUCCGCGAGCAGCAAUGUCAUUUCUUCUACAAGAGCAAGAAUAACGCCAUCCUCGACUGCCCCAUCAGAAACAGCAUCAUCAACCUCAUCCACGAUACAGUCAAGCAUCAAGGCAUACUAAAAGAGAGCAGUCAUCUUAUCAUCACCAUCAUCUGCUCGACUAUCUACAAACUCAUUUCAGUUCAAAACGGAUUAGAGUGCCGGCUGGACCACCAUCAACGCAUAG